CUCGCUCCACCAAGACGCCUCUUCUCACGUUCCGAUGACUCCCACCGCAACCCUCUUUUUCUCCUUUCUUUUCCUCCCAUUCGUCUACUGCGCUCCGCCACCGGCUACUCCUACGACGAGCCCCUCCCUCAACGGCCACACCCAAUUCAUCCGCUCCCGCUGCAACCUCACGCACUACCCCGAUCUCUGCUUCUCUUCCCUCUCCUCCUACGCAGCCGCCGUCAGCGGUAGCCUCCCCGAGCUCGCCCGCGUCGCCGCCAACGUCACCCUCGCCCGUAUCAAUGUCUUCCGCACCCACGUCUCUGCCCUCCGUCGAGGCGGCUCUGGUGAGGUCCUCGGGCGCGCGGCAGCCGCGCUACGCGACUGCGCUGAGCAGAUGGGGGAUGCCGCCGACCAGGUGUGCCGGACCUCUAACGAGCUGCGCGGCGUGGAGGCGCUGGUGGGGAUGGAGGUGACGUGGCGGGUGUCCAACGCUCAGACGUGGAUGAGCGCAGCCCUCACCAACGAGGAGUCCUGCUCUGACGGCUUCCACAAAUUGGCCGCCGCGUCAUCGGAUGGCAGUGGCGGCGGAGGUUCCGGCAUUGACGUCGAGACGGAUAUUUGCCGCCGGGUGAUGAGGGUGAAGCAGUACACCAGCAAUGCCUUAGCGCUCGUCAACGGCCUCGUUGACGGUCGAUGACCCUGCCGCGCUCCUCUUAGCAAUAAAGCUGUCAAUUUUCAUCAUCUUUACCAGUCAAUCUCAAAUUUCAAACUUGUGGGUUUAAUGUUUGCUGAAAAAAUUACAAUUAAGGUAAUGUUCAGAGAAUUGGCGAUUCCCAUGCAUCUUUUUGUACAACUCUUGUGUACGGGUUCAGUAUUCGAGUAAACUAGCUACUUCCUUAUUAUUGG